UCGGGGAAUGGCAGCUUGUUGUCAACUUGCCUCGCUCGGGUGGGAAACAUCGAGGUGAGGGGUGGCCCGGCUGGCAGCGACUGAGUGAAGAGAGAGAGAUGCGGGCGAUGACUCCAGAAUAGACAACCGAGUGGAGAUCCUCCUUGCAUAUGAAGGGUGUAGAUGGAAGACAUGGAAGGAUCGGGAGGAGAAUGGCCGCGAUGUUUACGUGUUGUUUCGGCUGCUGCGGAGAGGGCGGCUCGGGGCAUAUCCCCCUCAAGGAGAUGCCCACGGUGCAGUUGGACACUCAUCACAUGGGCACAGAUGUUGUCAUUGUAAAGAGCGGCCGGAGAAUAUGUGGGACCGGAGGCUGCCUUGCCAAUGCUCCUUUGCACCAGAACAAAAGCUACUUUGAAUUUAAGAUCCAGUCCAGUGGUGUGUGGGGGAUUGGAGUGGCCACCCAGAAAGUGAACCUUAACCAAGUGCCUUUGGGCAGAGACACAAACAGCCUAGUCCUGCGACAUGAUGGGUCAGUGUACCACAACAACGAAGAGAAGAACCGUCUGCCUGCAAACAGCCUUCCUCAGGAGGGCGACAUCAUGGGCAUCACGUAUGACCACGUGGAGAUGAACCUAUAUCUUAAUGGAAAGAACAUGCAUUGUCCUGCCUCAGGGAUCCGGGGCACAGUGUACCCAGUAGUUUAUGUGGAUGACAGCGCCAUCUUAGACUGCCAGUUUAGCGACUUCUACCACACUCCUCCACAAGGAUUCGAGAAGAUCCUCUUCGAACAACAGAUCUUCUGAAUGAGCGCUUCGGCUUCUCUUUGUGUGGCUGCCCUCCUCUGAAUCCUACAGCACCAUCUGUGUUACUACAGUUUGACUUUGAUUGGGUAUUAUUUUGACGUGUAACUUCACUACAUCUCAUGUCAUUUUUGUUAAUUGUUAUAUGUUGAAGAAAUGGAUUUAUCUGAUUAUUGCUCUGCUGUUGUGGGCUGCUACAGUCUGUGCAGGUAGAAUACUAUAAAAUAAUUGACCUGUUUCAGCAGUAAUCAACCUAUGUUAACUGAACAACUUUCACUUGCUGCUUACUUCCAAGAUGUGUAGUUACCGGACAAUUGUUGUAACAGUAAAAUGUUCCCAGUUUCAGGAUCAGAAGCUAUGUUUUAAAUUGCUUUAUACCUAUCUUUGUCAAUUUUUAACCUUCUAAAGGUUCUACUGACAUCUCAAAAUGCAUCACAUAUUUAUUUGUAUUUAUUUCACUUUCAUGUCAAAGUGAGAUGUCUUUUUUUUGCAUCACAAAACAUGUAGUUGUAGUUGCAAGAUAAGAGGUGUUAGUUUGUUUUAAGCAUAGGGACAUUGCUCUUUUAAUUUUUGUUGAGACAGGGACGUUUUAAAAAGACUGACACCAGUAAAGCAGUUCACAUUCCAGUUGUCUGUUGUUGCUGGAAACUGAUUUGCAGAGAGAAGUAUAUAUUUAGAUUACUUUUCAAAUCACUUUUCUGGAUAAUCCUUUUCUCUCUCCAAACCUUUGGAACCUGUUUAUUCAAAGAAAAAAUGUCUAGAGCUGGUGCUGGUUGUCUCUGAUUUGGGAUGUAUCUACAAAUAUAUCAGUAAGUAGUUCUGUACUGGCAAAGCAUACCUGCUGCUGACGUGUAACAGUCAAAUAUGUCAACCGCUUGUCUUCGUUUGCACUAAUAACGUUGUACCAAUCCAAAUAUGGUUGAUUCAUUAAACUUGUGUUUUUGGAGGCGA